AGCUGUGCAGUUAACACUUAACAGUGUACAGCGAGAAGACAGUCAGUGUGGCAGUGCCGUUAUUCGCUAAUAAGUUGAUAAUUUAUUAAUAUUACUACUUUUUAGUUUUUAUUUCAUAAUAUUGUUGUGUCAAGUGAUUUAUGGAUCUGUUUAAACGAUUACACACCAAUUAAUAAACGGUGUUUUGUUCCAUAUUCUCGACUUGGGAAUUUGUAGUGGUUGUGUAAAAGUCGGGCGAUUAGUCUAUCGCUCAACUCUGUUAAUUGAAGUGCAUAAAGCUUUAUUAAGGGAUAAAAAUGAACGGACGAGAAACCAAAGAAGAGUUACCAGCAGGAGUGUCUGUAGAGGAAAUUGUAAUUCCUGUACCAUGGGGACAUGUGGCUGGCAGGUGGUGGGGCCCUCGGAACAAACAACCUUUAAUUGCUAUUCAUGGAUGGCAAGACAAUGCUGGCACGUGGGAUAAUCUAAUACCACAACUUCCAGGCAACACCUCUGUAUUAGCAAUUGAUUUGCCUGGCCAUGGAUUAUCUUCUCACUAUCCUUCAGGAAUGCUCUAUUAUGUUUUCUGGGAUGGGAUAGUUCUCUUACGAAGGAUUGUUAGGCAUUUCAGGUGGGAGAAAAUAAGUCUUAUUGGCCACUCUCUUGGAGGAGCAUUAAGUUUCAUGUAUGCUGCAUCUUAUCCAGAUGAAGUUGAUAGAAUCAUAUGCAUUGACAUAGCAAGCCCUGCAGUGCGACCUCCAGACAACAUGGUUUUAGCUACAGGCUGGUCAAUAAAUAAAGUAUUAGACUAUGAAAAAUUGACCGAAGAUAAGAUUCCAUGCUAUGAAUAUGAAGAAAUGAUUGAUAUCGUUGUUGAUGCUUACAAAGGAUCAGUAUCUAGGGAGAAUUGUGAGGUAUUAAUGAAACGUGGAAUGUCUCCAGCACCAUCAAAUUCAAAGAAACAAGGCUUUUAUUUUAAAAGGGACCCAAGACUCAAAGUGUCUGGCUUGGCCAUGAUGUCAAUUGAAACAGCUCUAGAAUAUGCUAGUCAAAUUCGGUGCAAGGUGUUAAAUAUUCGAGCCAUUCCAGGACAAAACUGGGAAAGACUAGAUUACUAUACUAAGAUAAUAGACAAAUUGAAAGAAACAACUGAUGUUACAUACAUGGAAGUAGAAGGAACUCAUCAUGUUCAAUUGAAUGCUCCUGAAAAUAUAUCUAACAUAAUUGAAGAUUUCUUAGAAGAAUAUUAAGUUUAGCUCAAUUUUUAGUGAUAAUUGUGAUAAAAAUCAUUAAAUGUACAAAUAAAAAGCCUAAAAGGCCUUUAGUCUCAAAGUAUUUAGUUCAUUAUUGGAUAAAAACAUGUUACCGUCAUUAUUUAUUACAACAAUACACGCAUUAAAGUUUAUAUAACGGGUAAAUUGCCUUAAUUUACAUUGUUAACCAGGUUUUGCAUAAGAAUGUAGGUAAUUUAUUGUAAAUAUUUUAUUAUUUUGCUACAAAUUGAUUAGUAUGUAUUCUUCUAACUUCAAAAAAUUUAAAUAAAAUAAAUCAAAUAGCAUUAUCCAAUCAUCAUAAUGAUUACCAUACUACAAUGAUCUUUGUAUAUUUCAAAUUAAAUACAACCUUCAUAUCUAUUUUAUAUACUAAAUAAUUUAGUUUAAUUAUAAUUUUCAAUAUGCACAAUACAUAUUUAUUACAAUUAGAAUAAGUGUAGUUUAAUAAAUGAUUGUACUGCAUGACCGUCCAGCUUGAAAGUGCCUAUAAAGGGUUUUUAAAAUAGGCUUUUCACAUAGUGACACUCUUUUUCUGCCUCCUCAAAAUAUGAUUGCUACGCCACAUAUUUUUGUUUCCUAAUAUGUAUCUUAUUUUUAAAAACAGUGUAUGCACUAUAAGCCUACUAGAUUAAUGUAUCGUGCCCAACACUAUCGCAGUUUGAAAUCAACUUUAUGAUAAGUCUUUAGUGGAAAUAAAAUGACUCUAAUCACUUAGUAAUCAAGUGUUUGUGACAUCAUUGCUUACUAAUUUGACCUUUGAAUAGUUUUCACAGUAAAGACGCGUGUUCGGUUCAAAGGGGUCAUUUGGUUACGUUAAUGUACCGACUAGAACAAAAGUAAAAUGUGAAGGAACUUUUAUGUUUAGAUUGUAAGGCGCUUUGGGAUUUUAGAUGAAUAGUAGGAAAAAUAAUUAUGCAAACAAUAGAUGCAUAAUUAUUUAAUGGCUGGACAUUUAAUUGGAUAUUUAAAGGACAAAUAAUAAUAAUGGCUUUUAUUCGGCUAUUCGAGCGGUUACGCUUCGUUGAAUAAUUGGCGCGCAGUAUUAAUUAUUAAACGCUAUACUAAAAUACGUAAAGUAUAUUAAUUCGUAUGUUACAGCGCCCCUGGUGGGUUCACGCAACAAACUUUACCGUUUCUAGCUGAGAUACUAAUAUAAAAAUUGUGGUACAAUUAUUAUUCUGGGCUUCUCUCAAGGACAGUUUUGUACCUACAAUAUCUUGAUUAAAACUGACUAUUUAAAACAAAAACCGCGUGCGUCUUUUGUUUUAUAAUAUAUGAAUUUAAAAAAUUCUAAUUUUAGUGCCGUUAUUUUGCUAAUACAUACAUAUACCGUUUUAGUUUCGACUAGUUGAAGAAUUAUUAAUGUACUAUUUUUUUUAUACCAGUUAAAUAAUAUUUAAAAUAAAUUUUUGCAUGAAAAACUUGGCAGCGUUCUACAUAUUUUGGAAUAAAUUAAAUGUAUACAAAUAUAAAAUCUACGUGGUGUCGCAAGAUAUUUAAAAUAUAAUUUAGUUUCUGUUAAAUUUUUAUAGUUUAAUAAACGAAUUGUAUUUAAACAAUAUAUUAUGUUCUUGAUUCGGUACCAGCCACGGAAUGCUGCUCAAGUUUUACUUAUAAACAUUUAAUUCUGUAUUACGUAUUGUUAUUAAAGAUUGUUUAUGUGAUAUUAGUUUAUAUCAAAAAAACGGUGAUUUUUAUAACACGACUAAUUAAAAGCUGUAAUAGUAGGUAUCCGUUGCAUAACGUAUGUCAAACCCAAAUAUUUGUGGAAUAUUAAUUAGAACAAUUUACCUGAACGUAAUUGAUGUUACGCAAUUCUUUAUAUUUAAAGCACGAUUAAAUUAUUGAAACACG